AUGGCACCCCAAGCUACCGACACUGUAUCGACACCUGAUCCUGUGACUACACGUAUGUGGGUACGGUUUCUGGCCCCUUAUUACGUUUGUAAUGCCGUGGCAUUGCUUCUAUAUGUGCCAAUCCGGUAUCAUCAAUCAAGUGAGGCUCUUACAUCGAGCGAUAACUAUUUUAAUUUACCAUUGGAAUAUGAGAUUUUUCUGCUUGCAUUGGGUUCUUGGGCGCUCAAUUACCGUAAAAAAGCAACGGCAGAUGGUGUUAUUUCAAUCUUCUUUCUCUGUGGCAAACUGGCGGUCUUAGCGUCACUUUACUAUAUGGAUAUUACUCUUUUUGGGUGGUAUGCGGUUGAUACACUACUGUUUUGUACCGGUAUAUUGAGCAUGUUACUAAUCCCCUUUUUGUUGCGUUGUUGUAAAGUACUGUUCGCAGCGGUAGGGCAACCCAAAUAUGAAGGUCCAUCCAAAAUUAUUGAGCUGAACCCAGCGCUGGUUGAAAAAAUAGUGAAGAAAAGUUCUGGCUCAACAAAAAAAGGUCCGCCCAAUUCAUGGAUGAUUUUCUACUAUGCAGACUGGAGUGACUCUUGCAUGGAGAUCGAGCCUAUGCUUGCUGAAAUGUCACUUAGAUUUUCGUCCCGCUCGCUGCAAUUUGGCAGAAUCGAUGUGAACAAGUGGUCCGAUUUGGCUGUGGAGAAUCGUAUCAGUGUCUCGACGUUGUCAUGGCAGCUACCGACUUUGAUCUUGUUCCAAAAUGGCGAGGAGGUGAUGCGUUUGCCUCCAAUUGAUGACAACGGCAAAGUCACGAAAAUGAUCCUUGAUCGGGCAGGACUUGUUGCUGUUUUUAAGCUUGAGGAGCUGAAGGAAGGCAAAUCAGUCGUCUUCAAACCAAAAACCAGUUAG